UCUGUCCAAAAAACGUCAGAGUCACAGGAGAGAGAGAGAGAGAGAGAGAGAUUGCAGAAGAAGAAGAGGAGGAGCCGCGACGAUGGUGCAUCCGCAGCACGGGUCGUUGCUCCCGAAGCGCAUCAUCCUCGUCCGCCACGGCGAGUCGCAGGGCAACCUCUCGCCGUCCGCCUACACCACCACCCCCGACCACCGGAUCCCCCUCACCCCGCAGGGGAUCGCCCAGGCCCGCGCCGCCGGCGACCGGCUCCGCUCCCUGGUCUCCUCCGGCGGCGGCGGGUGGCGCGUCUACUUCUACGCCUCGCCGUACGAGCGGACCCGGUCGACGCUCCGCGAGAUCGGGCGGUCGUUCGGCCGGAACCGGGUGAUCGGGGUGCGGGAGGAGUGCCGGAUUCGGGAGCAGGACUUCGGGAACUUCCAGGUGGAGGAGAGGAUGAGGCGGGUGAAGGAGGCGAGGGAGCGGUUCGGCCGGUUCUUCUUCCGGUUUCCGGAAGGGGAAUCGGCGGCCGAUGUGUUCGAUCGCGUUUCGAGUUUUAUGGAAUCAUUAUGGAGAGACAUCGAUAUGAACAGGCACCAUAUUGAUCCUUCUCACGAUCUGAAUCUCAUCAUCGUAUCUCACGGAUUGACAUCGCGCGUCUUCCUCAUGAAAUGGUUCAAGUGGACGGUCGAGCAAUUCGAGCAACUCAACAAUCCAGGGAAUUGCGAGUUCCGUGUGAUGCAGUUGGGGGAAGGCGGAGAGUACAGCCUUGCUAUCCAUCACACAGAGGAAGAAUUACGAGAGUGGGGCCUUUCCUCGGAGAUGAUUGAAGAUCAGAAAUGGCGAGCUCAUGCGAGGAAGGGCGAAUGGAAUGAACGUUGCCCUUGGUACCUCGAUGCUUUUUUCGAUGGAUUCGCCGACUCAGAUGAUGAUGCUGGAGAAGGGGAUGAUUGUGUAUGCCCAUAGGCGCUGCUAACAAUUGGGUUCUUUCCAAUUUGAGUGGCAGAUUGUAAUGCCAUUUAAAAAAUUCUUUAAAAAAAAAAUUCGACAUUGUUAGCAUAUGCCCUGUAACCUUUUACCUUGUAUUCGGGUUUGUGAUUAUGGUAAAUAUGAUAGGAGAGGAAGAUAAACGCAAAGCAUUCAAUUAACUGGCGGUGGUUGAGAACUACCAUUACUAA